AUUGCAAAAGUGACUCAAAACUUGAAUUCAAACAGAAAACUAACCUUUUCUUUUGACUCAUUUUUUUUUUGAGUUUUUAACCCCACAUCUGCAUUUUAUCUACGAAAAUGCCAUUAACCCUUUUUUUUUUUUUUUUCGAAAAUGGCUUCUUUACUGUCUCAACCUCAUUUUCUUCAAGUAUUUACAAUAUUGCCACUGCCAUGAAUAGUGGGAACAACCUUGUACGAACUGUUUGGAGCUUUUAAUGCCCUUUAAUGCACGUAAAUCUCUUUACACUCUCUCUGUUUCAAUUGUUAUGAACUAAAAACAACAUUUCUUUCACUUUCUCUCCAUAUUCAUCCAAAAAACUGAAGCUUUUGAUUCAAAAUUGUUUGGAGCCAUAUUUCUUUCGUUUUGACUUACGGUUGCUUUCGUUUGAGGUUCUGGGUGGUUGGAGAAGACCCUGUGUGCAAACAAAGUCAUCUCACCUAGUUUAAGAUGAUUUUUAAGUUACAUGCAGUGUAUGGAGAAUGGUUGUUGAGAGAUUUCCGUUGGGAUUUUGUGGUUGAUGAUCUCAAAGGAGCAAGAUUGUUUUUAUUGAAUGAAGAUUCAACACAUGCUGAACUUGUUGCAAUGGCUCAAGAAGAUUAUAACCUGGACAUGAGAUCAGUGACUGUGGAGAUUAGCUACUCAUUACCAGCAGAAAUGAUGAUGACUCCAGGCAGUCCUCCCAUUCAUGUUACAAGUGAUAGACAAGUUCGAAACUUGCUCGAGAUACUCAAAACGCAUAGAGUAUGUCUUUGUGUAUCAAGCCGCAGCAAGGUGGAAACGGUUUCAGAGAAAAGAGAAGAAGCUGGUGAAUGGGAAGAAGAUGUUGGUGAUAAUGAUGAAGCUGGUGAAUGGGAAGAAGAUGUUGGUGAUAAUGAUGAGGCUGAUGAAUGUUUUGAAGAUGUUGGUGAUAAUGAGUCUGUUGAAGAUGAAAAUCAAGAUGGGGAGGAGGAAAAUGGGGAGGAGGAAAAUGGGGAGGAGGAUGCUGAUAACACUAUUGUUGGUGAAACGGAUCAGAAUGGUGGGGAUUACAGUCUUUAUGGAAAGGUUCUAGAUGAGGACGAGGAAGAUGAUGAUAAUAUUUGUUUUGAAGAAAUUGAAAAGACAUAUGCUAAGACAAAUGCUAUUGAAGGAGGAAAAUCGGAUUGUACCAGCAUCUAUGUCAACCAGAGUUUUGUUAGCAAGGAUGCACUGCUUUCAGAGCUGCGGUUGACAGCAGUGAGGGGUAGGUUUUCUUUCAGAAUAUACAAAUCAACAAAAACUCUCCUUGUGGCAAUAUGUCGGGUUAGCGGUUGUGGAUGGAAGAUCAGAGCGAGUGUGAAACAUGGGCAAACACGUUUUGGGUAACAAAGUAUGUGGAAAAACAUUUAUGCUCAAUUGGAGACCGAAUCGCUCAGCGGAGACACUGUACUCCAAAGUAUGUUGGUAGUCUUUUCAUUGAUCGUGUUGGGAUCAUUGAUGGGAUAACUCCACAGCAUAUCACUGAUGCAAUGAAGAACAUGUUUGGCAUGACGCUUGAUUACACCACUUCAUACAGAGCACUGUUAUAUGCACAGAAAUUGGUGAGAGGAUCAGCAGAAGAAGGGU